ACAGGAUAAUGGGCUGGAAGAUCUUUAUUUUUUAUUGAACGUAAAAUACGGGUAAUUUUAUGACUAGCAACAAACAAAACCUAAACAACAACGGUCCUUUUUAGUUACUGCUGGAAUCCUAAUGGUAACAACAAAUAAAACAACGCCCUCUAUAGCGCACAAAUCGUGUACUGCAUGAAUACUUCGUAUCGUACCCAACUGUUCUGCCCCAACAACAUACCACUCGACCCCAAGCUACAUAAGAACGUUAUCAAAUGCAAAGUGACGUCAUACGUAUGGGGACGUGUACAUCCAGGUAAUUUCCAUUCGCCGGUCGUUGAGCAUUACGUACUGUAUAAAAAGUUGACCUUCACAAAUCGUACGUGCACGGAUCACACACGAGAUCACAUAAACCGGCAAAAAUGGCUUCUCUAAGAAUAGGAAAAUCGGCAAUUACGGUUGUAAGAAGAAGUUUGUUCCGGCCAAAUGUGAGAACGAUGGCGGCAGGAGGUGGAAUUCCCGACCACAAAGAUCAUGUAACUGGUCUCGAGAAGAAAGAAUAUGAAUUAAUGAAAGCUGGUAACCCUGAUCCAUUUGAGUUGCAAGUUAAAAGAGUGCCAGCUGGAACUGCCGACAAGCCUGUAGCUGUUAAGUCCGUCUUUGAAAAGCGAAUCGUAGGAUGUAUUUGUGAAGAAGAACAAACCUUCAUCAACUGGAUGUGGUUACACGCCGGAGACGCUCAGAGGUGCGAUUGUGGCCACUGGUUUCAACUACAAAAGACAGAGGGUAUUUAGAAGUAGCUACAAUUAAUUAUCACACUCCUGUUCUGGGUAGUUUAUUUCAA